AAGAUAAGGUUGCAGUGGCCUAUUCAUGAAGAUGUGUGGAGCCUCACUGUUCAUUGUGAAAGAAUCACCUUUAGAUGGACUUCCACUGCAUAGCUUGGUGAAAAGGCAUAGCAAGAAAAGAAAAACUGUUUAUUUUCGAUAAAAUAAAAAAUGCCCUGCAUGUGUAUACUGAACAGUUAUAAUAACUUAUUAUUGUGUCCUUUGUUUUUCUGAGUGGAGUAACCAGUUGUCACCUGAGACCAGUCUCCGUGGACCACAUCACCAUGGCACCACCUUCACUUGAUACCAGCAGUGACUUGUUUUCUCACAGUGGAGCCAUUCAGAAGGGGACGUGCAUGAGGACUAAAGCACAGAGAUGAACUGGCCCUCCAUCUCAGGGAAGUAGAUAAGAAACUUUUCAUGCUGGUAAUGUCUUCGGGUCACAACAGUCUCUUUUCAUUUCUAGGCUUAAGCGUGUGUCUUAAAAACUUCACUCAGCUGAAUGGGAGGAAGUGGCACAAAAAAGCGUGUACAAACAUGAAUGUACAAAACUGCUGCUGCAACACAAGAUGUCUAAAAUGGCCUUGUGUUAGACGAAGAAGUUUGUCCCCGUUGUCCUCAUUUGUGAUAUUGACUGUGCUCGCCGUGUUUCUCAAUGCAAAUGUGUCAGUAGCGAUGAAAGUGACCUCCAGUGGACCACAGACUAUGCAGAUGGCUCAAGGGGAACCUGUUACACUAGACUGCACCUACACCUCAAGUCCAGCAGACAUCGGCGAGCUUGACAUUGAGUGGUCAGUUGUCAGUCCAGACACCACAAAAAAAGACCAGAUGAUCAUAUCAUAUACAGGUGGAAGGAGAUAUACCCAUGGUGACCCUGCUUUAAUGAAAGGUGUGAACUUCACAGCUGUUGACCCUGCCCAGGGAGAUGCAUCUCUAUCUAUCACCUCGCUGAUGGUCAGUCAUGCUGGAACGUAUCAGUGCAAAGUUAAAAAGGCACCUGGGGUGGACAGUCGGAAAAUAUCUCUGAUUGUGAUGGUGAGGCCGUCCGUGCCGAAGUGUUGGGUUGAUGCUGGCGAAGCCGUGGGUGAGACAGCAUCUCUCCGCUGCAGAUCGGAUCAAGGCUCUGCUCCUCUGCUGUAUUCAUGGAGGAGAGAGAGCGGAGGUCCCAUUCCUCAAGACGCCAUUCAGAACUCCCUCACAGGAGAACUUCUAAUCAGUAACCACUCCGUAAGCCAUUCCGGUGUCUAUUCCUGCGAAGUUUCCAAUUCUGUUGGGAAAGAGAGCUGUCGGCUUAACCUUCAAGCUGUGAAGCCUCCUAACAGAGCGGGGGUCAUCACAGGCACCGUUGUUGGGUGUUUACUCCUCAUCAUGAUCGUCCUGCUCAUUAUAUGGCUUCUCGUCUUCAGAUGUAACAGGAAUCGACAGGAGAAAGAUUUCUCCAAUGAGAUUAGAGAGGAUGCUCCUGCGCCUGAGAGCCGUCCUACCAGCCGAAUCUCCAGCUUCCGUUCAGGUGUGGCCUACAGCCAGGUGGGCCAAACCCAAACUGAGCAUCCACCCUCUACUAACACCAGCAACAGCACUGCAAAGUAUGACAGCAGAUUUGGCUAUGCUGUAUGAGGAUUCAUACUUAUAUUAUACUGUAGAUUGCCAUUGGUUUACAGUUAAAGGUACAAUAUGUAACUUUUUGCUCUGUAGAGGUUAAAAAACAAAAAUGGA